AUCCUUUAAUUUAGUCCCCAAAACCAGUGUAUCGUGAACUUCUGUGCCGUGACGAACUUAUCAUGGGCCUUGUCAUCCAAGAUAGUUUGUUGGAAAUAUUUCUUCUGGCAGUAGCCCUAGUUAUACUAACUGCACUUCAUUUCCACAAUGCGUACAAAUAUUGGACAAAGAAAGGUGUCCCUACCAUUAAACCCAAGUUUCCGCUAGGUAACACCAACACUUUUUUACCACAAGGCUUUUCGAUUGGUCCCAUUACUAAAACAUUCUACGACGAACUGAAACGUGAAGGCCACAAAUUCGGUGGUGUUUAUCUAGUGACGGUUCCCAAUUUGGUAGUCGUUGAUCCCGACUACGUUAGAGAUAUCCUUAGCAAGGAUUUCCAAUACUUUGCAGAUCGAGGAUUUUACCAUAACAAAAAAGGUGAUCCCCUCAUUGCCAAUCUCUUCGUUAUUGAUAGCGCGGAUUGGAGGGGCCUUCGUGUUAAACUCACCCCAACCUUCACUUCAGGGAAAAUGAAAACGAUGUUCCACUCCGUGGUUGAAUGUGCCAACUACAUGAAAGAAGCAAUUGUGAAGAGUAUAGGGCAAGAUGUAGAUAUGAAAGAAAUAGUAGGUCGAUAUACUACUGACGUUAUCGGUACUUGUGCUUUUGGCAUUGAAUGUAAUAGUUUCAAACACCCAGAUGCAGAAUUUCGAGCCAUGGGUCGAGCACUCUUUACGUUCAACAUCUUCCGUGCUUUAAAAGCCUUCCUUGCCAUUAGUUUUCCAAAACUGGCGUUACAGAUGGGCUUAAAAGUCAGCAACGAGAAAGUGGGAAAUUUCUUCAGAAAGGUGGUGAAGGAUAGCGUUAAAUUGCGCCAAGAGGAGAACAUCCAACGUAAUGACUUUUUGCAACUUUUAAUAAAUUUGCAAGAAUCGGCAAAUUUUACCCUUGACCAAAUGACGGCACAAGUAAUUUCUUUCUUUAUUGCUGGUUUUGAAACUAGCGCCACCACAAUGAAUUUUGGGUUGUACGAGCUUGCACGGAAUCCCGAUAUCCAGAAGAAGUUAAGAGAAGAAAUUUGUCAGGUUUUGGACAAGCACGACAACAAAUUAACGUACGAGAGUCUGAACGAAAUGAAAUACCUAGGGCAAGUUCUUGAUGAAACGCUAAGGAUGUAUCCAUCUCUUCCAACCCUAAAUCGUCGUUGUACUAAAGACUAUACCCUUCGAGAUACGAAUAUAGUUAUUGAGAAAGGUACUCGCGUUCUUAUACCGGCUUUGGGUUUACAAAUGGAUCCAGAAUUCUAUCCCAACCCGGAAAAGUUUGAUCCAGAUAGGUUUACCGAAGAAAAUAAGAAGAUGAGACAUCCGUUUGUGCAUUUGCCGUUUGGUGAUGGUCCUAGAAAUUGCAUAGGUUUACGAUUUGGACAAAUGCAGUCCAAGAUUGGUAUAGCUACUAUUGUUAAAAAUUUCCAGUUGUCGGUUAGUGCUUCGGCUAAACCGUUAGAAUUUAAUUUUAGUUCGUUUCUGCUACAGCCUAAAAAAACAAUUUAUCUUAAAAUACAAAAAGUAUAAUUCUGCUCUGCGGAUGUCAUCAGACUGCAAUAACAUUUAGUGUCUUCGUUUUUUUUUAUAUCUGACUUUGGGUUACAUUUAUUAAGUUUCACUAAUAUAAGAUCCAGCAUAACUUUUUGUAUUUCUGUUGAAUAUAAUUU